AUGGCCCCCAUCAUCAUCGAGUCAGAGGAGGUUACCGACAAGCGGAUUAAGACUACUCUGCUGCUGAGCCUGACCGGAGACUUCUCCGGUGCUGAGAGGCAGUGUUACUUCUCCAAGAGUUGUGGAUUGGGCUGGAUGUGCGGCAUCGUUGUUACGAUAAGUCACCACAAUAAGUGGAUGAUUGUUGUGAACACUAGCGGUAUUACGGACUCGGACCGAGGUUCGGAGGUUCUUGGUCUCAAUCUACGCUUCUCAGUGCGUGCUCAGUUGGCUACGACGUCCGAAGGGGACACCUCGAGACUUGAUGAUUUCUCUGACGACGUUAUGAUUGCCAUGGAUGGGGGAUGUCACAGAAUCCUAUCGAAGACUUCCGACGAGCUCCUGUUGUGCAACGUAUUGCGUCUCGUCAUAAUAGCGCUCCCGGAGGAUGAGAAUGGUCGAUUCCCUCUGAGACGGCAGCCACAUUUGAAGAGUGUCCCGAUCAUGACUGACGCUGUGGCCAGACUGGUUGUGGACAACAUGCUAUGCACUGAUGCUCAGGAAACAAUUUACUUUGUAUAUUCACAAAGACGCUUGAAGCCCGACGGGAGCGUUGUUUUGACCACUCCACUUCCUCUGCGUGUCGCUCCCAGUGUAAGUAGGGUUAUCGUUGAGAAAGCGAAAGAAAUGCUGUACACUUUGGCGGGCUCUGAUGCUCCGAACGAACUUGAAAGAUACGCCUACGAGGAGGACAGCGACCUUGACGAUGUGGAGUUCGGCGGCACUGCGGGAGCUGGUUUUUCUCGGCAGAGUGCCCAAGUGGCGGCUUCGGGAGCGGCCGAGCCAUCUGGGGCCCGGGUGGAACCUAUCCAAGGUCGAAAUUCAGUACGCGUGAUUGGCGCAGCUUACCGAACCUGGGUGGCCUUGAUCUAUUUUCUGUAUACGGGCCAAAUCCAUUUUCUGCCGCUCAAAUCAACAGGCAAGAGGUC